UGGGAGGAGUGGUGCGGAAGACGAGCGGCUAUGAUCUCCAUAUUCUUUUGCCUGAGACGUUGAACAAAAGGAGCCGCAUCAAACGGCAAAAUAUUCGCUAUGGGUUUAUAUUUUAAUGAUGUUUUCGCUUUGUGGAAAAGCUCAAGUUGACUCACGAGUCAUGUUGGGUUUGACUUGAUCGCAGCUGUUCUGGAAAGAAUGGAACUACACACACCUACAAAAUUUCCAUGCAACAGAACAGUGGUUCUGAUGCAAAGUGCGUGAUGAUGGAGAACAAUUUGUCUUUGCACUGGCUGCAAAAAUGAUGAAACUUAUGCUCUCACAGCUCCCCCACAAGUCUUCAGGAUCAGAUCAGGUGCAAUCCUGCGUAACAAGAGUUCCAUGACCACAAGUAAUCUGCGCAAGAAGAAAAACUACUUGUUAAAAACAGAAAAAGCGGUCCCAAGCAAAUAAUGCGGAAGGGAUAAGUCCCCGCUCGCUGCCAAAUAGCAACCAAGUUCGGCUUGUUCCCCGUGACGUCUAACAGCGCUUGUAGACUAAGGGUCAGACGGCGCGACUGCCGCUGUUUCGCGGAAUCACGUGACAAACUUUCUAAUGCGCGCGUGCGCGCGUUCUUUUUUUCCCUCGACGCGCGCGAGUGCCUCUUGCCCCUCCCGUUUUCUCUUGGUCACGUGAGCGGCAAAGACGGCGGCCGGCCCGGCUCAUCGUCCGCGUGUUGCGUUCUCUAGUAGCUUGCCGCCCCUUCCUUCUCUUUCUCCUUUCUCGGAGCUGACGCCGCGGCCUGAGGCUGGGCACGCGGGAACCAGGCAGUUAGGUAGAUUCCCAUCAUGGAUUGGCAGCCAGAUGAACAGGGGCUCCAGCAAGUACUUCAGUUACUCAAAGACUCCCAGUCUCCAAACACAGCAACCCAGCGUAUUGUGCAAGAUAAACUGAAACAGCUCAACCAAUUCCCUGAUUUCAAUAACUACUUGAUAUUUGUCUUGACGCGUCUGAAAUCUGAGGAUGAACCAACUCGUUCUCUGAGCGGUCUGAUCCUGAAGAACAAUGUGAAGGCUCAUUACCAGAGUUUCCCUCAGCCUGUUGCUGAGUUCAUUAAGCAAGAAUGUCUUAACAACAUUGGAGAUGCUUCUUCUCUUAUCAGAGCUACCAUUGGUAUUCUUAUAACAACCAUUGCUUCAAAAGGGGAGCUGCAAAUGUGGCCAGAGCUCCUGCCCCAGCUCUGCAAUCUACUCAAUUCUGAGGAUUACAACACAUGUGAAGGGGCUUUUGGUGCCUUACAGAAGAUCUGUGAAGAUUCUGCUGAGCUGCUGGACAGUGAUGCUCUCAAUCGACCCCUUAAUGCCAUGAUCCCAAAGUUCCUUCAGUUUUUCAAGCACUGCAGUCCCAAGAUAAGGUCACAUGCCAUUGCUUGUGUUAACCAGUUCAUCAUGGAAAGGGCCCAAGCCUUGAUGGAUAACAUAGACACUUUCAUUGAGCAUUUGUUUGCCCUGGCAGUUGAUGAAGACCCUGAAGUUCGAAAGAAUGUUUGCCGAGCAUUGGUGAUGCUUCUAGAAGUGCGAAUUGACCGACUGAUCCCUCAUAUGCAUAGUAUCAUUCAGUACAUGUUGCAGAGGACCCAGGACAGUGAUGAGAAUGUGGCAUUGGAAGCAUGCGAAUUCUGGCUGACACUGGCUGAACAACCCAUCUGCAAGGAGGUGCUCUCUUCACACCUAGUGCAAUUGAUUCCAAUAUUGGUGAAUGGAAUGAAAUAUUCUGAAAUUGACAUCAUAUUGUUAAAGGGUGACGUGGAAGAGGAUGAAGCCAUCCCCGACAGUGAGCAGGAUAUUAAACCUCGUUUCCACAAAUCACGCACAGUUACCCUGCAGCAUGAAGAAGAACGGUUGCAGGAUGAUGAAGAAGGAGAGGAUGAGGAUGAUGACGAUGACACACUCUCUGACUGGAAUCUGAGGAAGUGCUCUGCUGCAGCCCUUGAUGUCUUGGCCAAUGUCUUCCGAGAUGAGCUCCUUCCGCAUCUGCUCCCACUGCUCAAAGGACUGCUCUUCCACCCUGAGUGGGUCAUCAAGGAGUCAGGAAUCCUAGUCCUAGGGGCCAUCGCUGAAGGCUGUAUGCAGGGCAUGGUUCCUUACCUCCCCGAACUGAUUCCCCACUUGAUCCAAUGUCUCUCUGACAAGAAGGCCCUAGUGCGCUCCAUUGCCUGCUGGACACUGAGCCGUUAUGCCCACUGGGUUGUGAGCCAGCCUCCAGACAUGUAUCUCAAGCCUCUGAUGACAGAGCUGCUCAAGCGGAUUCUUGACAGCAACAAGAGAGUGCAGGAAGCUGCUUGCAGUGCAUUUGCCACCCUUGAGGAGGAAGCCUGCACGGAACUGGUCCCGUAUCUCAGUUUCAUUCUGGAUACUUUGGUUUUUGCAUUUGGAAAAUACCAGCACAAGAAUCUCUUAAUCCUAUAUGAUGCAAUUGGCACCCUGGCUGAUUCUGUUGGGCACCACCUCAAUCAGCCGGAAUAUAUCCAAAAACUGAUGCCCCCCCUGAUCCAGAAGUGGAACGAGCUGAAAGAUGAAGACAAGGAUCUCUUUCCCUUACUAGAAUGCUUGUCAUCAGUAGCAACUGCUCUCCAGAGUGGCUUCCUUCCGUAUUGUGAACCUGUCUACCAGCGUUGUGUGACACUUGUGCAGAAGACCCUUGCCCAAGCCAUGAUGUAUAGUCAACACCCAGAUCAGUAUGAGGCUCCUGACAAAGAUUUCAUGAUUGUCGCUCUUGAUCUGCUGAGUGGUUUGGCUGAAGGUCUAGGAUGCCACGUGGAGCAGCUUGUGGCUCGGAGCAAUAUCAUGACUUUGCUGUUCCAAUGCAUGCAGGACACCAUGCCAGAAGUUCGGCAGAGCUCCUUUGCACUGCUAGGAGACCUUACCAAAGCCUGUUUCAUGCAUGUCAAGCCAUGCAUUGCUGAAUUCAUGCCCAUCCUAGGGACCAACCUGAAUCCAGAAUUCAUUUCUGUGUGCAAUAAUGCAACCUGGGCUAUUGGAGAAAUCUGCAUGCAGAUGGGGGCUGAAAUGCAACCAUAUGUUCAGAUGGUCCUGAAUAACCUUGUGGAGAUUAUCAACCGGCCAAACACCCCUAAAACACUUCUGGAGAACACAGCCAUCACGAUUGGACGCUUGGGUUACGUCUGCCCUCAGGAGGUGGCACCGAUGCUGCAGCAGUUUAUCAGACCUUGGUGUACAUCCCUAAGGAACAUACGUGACAAUGAAGAGAAAGACUCUGCCUUCCGUGGCAUCUGUAUGAUGAUUGGGGUAAAUCCGGGUGGAGUUGUUCAGGAUUUUAUUUUCUUCUGUGAUGCUGUUGCUUCCUGGGUGAGCCCAAAGGAUGACCUGAGGGACAUGUUUUAUAAGAUUCUCCAUGGCUUCAAAGAUCAAGUUGGGGAAGAGAACUGGCAGCAGUUCUCUGAGCAAUUUCCCCCACUUCUAAAGGAGAGACUUGCUGCAUUCUAUGGGGUCUAGGUGAAGCAGCAACAUUGUACUCGGUUCCUGUGUGCGCUGGGAGGGAUGCUGGGAACUCGUCCACAACCCAGUGUUGCAGAUCCCUGUUAAUGGGGGGUUAGGGAGGACGGGAACAGCAUUGUGGGACAUAAAAUGACUUCGCUCCCCAUCUCCUGAAAUUUACAAAGUUGGGGGGAGGGUGGGCCUCCGUGACCAAUUUAAACAAAAACCAGGGUAUCUCACUGGCAGAAGGAAAGUUCUCUUUAUUCUGAGGCCCUCAUUGAUGGAGCGGGGUGGGGUGGGUCUCGGCCCUGGGCUGAGGAAGGGGAGCAAUCUUAAACUGCAACACUCUUGAGAAGGGGAUCUAACUAGGGGCCAUCAUAAAGGACUAGCUAAUAAUAAUACAUAAAGGAUAGGGUUUAAGAUGUUAAAACAGGAUUAAAAGCUAUAAUGGUUUAAAACCAGCAGAUGAAGAGGGAAGGGUUAAAACUCAAUCCAAGGGGGUUAUACUACUGUAUAUUUCCAGUCACCGGUGUUCAAGAGAUCAGCUAUUCUUCGCCUUUUCCAGACUGCAUGGUGACCAAGAAGUAGACUAGCGAAUCUGUGAGUAGCCCAUAAGUGUCAGCAUUUUCAUCUAGGAAUCUUAAGGAAACCCACAAACCCUUUUUGCCAUAGUUGCCAUGGCACUGUGUGCUGGAUGUGAUGCUCAGAGCAAAGGCAGCCUGUGACCUUGUGGGGACCUGUCAGCCAUAUAGGGAGCAGAACUUACCGUAAGAAAUACUGUUGGAGAAGCAUGUCUCUGUUUUUAAGAAGAUGCCACAGUGCAAUGAUUGUUACCCUGUUGUUCAGCUGUUACUUUGUGACAUGGCUAUUACAUUACUUCAGCUGUAGGAGGCAGCAGAGAGCAAGGAGCGAAAACUGCAUUCAUCUGGGAAUGACUGCAUGGGCCAAAGGUGGGCAGAAGACAGUGUACACUUGAUUUUUGCGUGACACAUAACUUGUGUCCUGUGCUUUUGUGGCCAGAGUGGCAUUUGUUCAUAACAGUAGCUUAACGCUCUUAAGGGAAUUCAAUGCCACAUUAAUCACUUUGGUUGGUAAAAGGAGCAGUAAACAUAACCAGGUGUAGAGGAAUUUAUAAACUGGAGCCCUUCCAUGCAUGGCCAAUGGAAGCCUGUAGCUUUUGCUGCAUGCUUAAGGGAGUUACUGUCUUAAGGAAUUCUCAUUAAACCCAAAUCAGUUUAGUCCCUGGAAAUACAACCGGGGGUUGGCUGAAUGCAUUUGAUCUGUGAAGCCAUAGCUUUUUAAUAGUAAGUGGAGAGGACGUGAAGCAGAAGCAAGCCUAUUUUCUCAAAGGCAGCUAGGACAUGGGGGAAAGGUAGCACUGCUUCACCCGAUACAAACAAGGUUUAGAGAAGUCAGGAGUGCUGGAGUGGUGAGGGAAGUCAUCAGGAAUAUUGUUCCGAAGCAACGCAAAUAGAGCUUGUUCAAGGAAGUGUUUGCCAACAGGCAGCAUGCAGAGGAAAAAGAGAACCAUGAGCAGCGCCACAUCCCCCAGAAUCUGAGCGGAUCCCCGUGGAGCAUCGGAAGCAUGAGGAUUAGUUGCCAGACAACCAGGCUGAACUGUGCCUCAUAAUCCUGCAUUGCUCUCGUGGUGGUAGACAAAGUGAUGGGACUCCUUAGAUACUAAAGAAGAUCUAUUCAAGAAAGGAUGGAUGUCCCUUUCUGGGUUAAGGAGAUGCUCUUUAGACAGCAGUUGAUGGUGACAUUCUGGGUACUAUGGGAUGAAUUUUUGAAAGUGUAUUUGUGAGAUUGCUUAGUAACUUAAACUUCACUGAUAUACCCUGUCCUUUCCUUUUCUUCCUAUCCCUGGCCUCCGUUUUACAUGUUGCAAUACUUUGCAGUUCACGCAACUUUGUCAUAGAACUUGGUGGAACGUUACUGUCAAGGCCUUAGGGCCUGGGCCUUUUUAGCAUGGAGACAGCAACACAUCCAAGUGAGAACUGCUUUUGUACUGAUCCUUGAAUCUGAUUGCUCGGGAUCACUCCUGCACUUGUCUGUGAUGGCUGGGUUUAAGAAAUGGAAGUAAACUUGCAAAUGCAUUCCUCAAUUCCUUGUCUUUUUAAUCGUGUGGAACUUGAGCAGGUCUCUGGAGGCAAUCAGCUAGUUCUUUGCAUUUUAAUAGUUUUAUUACAAGUGUUCCCUCUUGUGCCUCACUCUCAACUUCCUCUAUUCUGAGAGGGUGGAAGCAGAGGGUUCUGUUUGAGAGCAAUUUAUUUUUAAACACAUGAACAAGAAAUAUGCACAGAUAGCAGGUGGAAUCCUGGCUUGUGCUUCUAAACUACAUGUCCAGAAAUACAGAAAGAAGGCUGUGAACUCUUCAUCAUCCAGUGAAGUUUAAGCUACUUGGCCUGACUGCCUCUUGAAAUGGAAUAUGUCUUUUGUACAAGUGCUUCUAGUAUUGCCUCCUGUUUGUUAAUCCUGGAUUUGUAUAUUUGUAAAUGUGCCGUAAUGUUUCCAAUGGUGGAACUGCAGUGUACCUAGUGUUGAAGCAGCUGCUUGCACCUUGCUCAAAUGAGAUUUUUCUCAUUUUAUGUAUAAUUUUUUUGUCAACUAAAAAAAAAACCUCUUGUGACUCCAGUUUCCAUGUUUCCGCCCAUUUUCUUUUCCCAGGUUGAUUGGUUUGCAUUUAUCUUCCAAGAUAACAAUGGGGUGACCAGUUACUAUAAAAUCCCAAAUAAUAUUUACCAAUCCUUCUGUCAUUCUACCUUGCUGAGAGAGGGAACUUCAGGGGGAACCCUGUGAUUUGUUGUGACUUCCAUGGCUUUGAUAGCAUUUUCAAUUUUGUCAGUUGUAGUAUGUAUACUGGUAAAAUUACAGGCACAGAAGUCAACCAGUAUUGUAUGGAGUGUGCUGUUGUGAGCAAUCUUGUUUCCAGCUCUUGUGGCUUUAUGCUUUGCGUUGAUCUGCUUCCUAUAAACUGGAGUCCUUUUUCUUGUCAAGGAAAGCUUCAGUAGUGUUGAGGUCCACAAAUUCUCCAGCAAAGAGGAAGGUUAUGGAGGUGCUUGAAUAAUCCAUCUUCAAUUUAAGACUAGAAAGGCAAUUAUUAUAUGGAAAACCUUAUUCUUGGCAUGUCAAAUAGACUGUUGGGAUUUAUAUAAGUUUGUAGACGUGUUUUCAGGCAAAGGCUUUGCUCUCGUUUUGAUAAAGCCAGAAGAUCAGUUUUGCGCAACAUAUUUAUUGAUUUAUAUCCUGCCUUUUCUCUUUUUUAAAGAGUGGCUUUACAUCCUCCUUCUCCUCUCAGUCUUAUCUCUGCAACAACAAUUUGUGAGAUAAGUUGGGCUGAAAGUCUCUGACUGGCCCAAACCCACCCAGUUGGCUUCAUGGCUGAGUGGGGACUAGAAUGCAUAUUGCCUGAUUUUCAGGCUCUUAACCACUAUACUCUCUGACUUGCUAUCAUAUUAGUAUCACAAAAGGACUGAUAUAAUUAACCAAUCAGACUGAUAAACCUAGUCCAAAUUGUAAUUCAUCUUUUGGGGCAGCAGGUAGGAAUAAUGAACAUGUUCAGUUCAUUAUUGUAAUAAACAUUACAAUACAUUACAUGUUCAUUAUAUAUUAAUGCACACCCUGUUGCUUCAGGGUGUAAUCCGAUGCACACAGGCAGGAAAAAAGUUCCAGCAAGCAUUGCUGGCUAGGAUCUGGGAGUUGUGAGGCUGUUCUGCCUACUCAUGUAUAAGAUUCCAUACUAAGUAAAGUGUAGCCUAGAAGAGCAAAGGUUAUUUGUGCAUGUAUAUAAUUCCAAUUUCUCUGUUUAAAUAAAGGUCUAAAUUCUUACAUUGGUUCACACCAAAA